CUGAGGCUGUAACAACUGCAGUUUAUCAAUUCGAAACAGUGAUUGAAAUAAACUCCAACCACGCAAACCUGAAGUAACUGAAGUGUCAGUGAACACUACUUGUGCAACUCAUUAUAAAAUAAUCAAAAUAAAGAAUUAAAAGAAUAGAUAAAUAAAUUGACCAUUAUAAGUGCGAUAAGUCGAUAAAAUCAAUUUGAUAAUCGCAGCGAUCGGUGAAGUACUUUAAAAAUACUUUCGAAUAAAUAGAGGAUGAUGGAAGACACGAUGAGACUGACGGACUCAUCUCUCUACCAGACAGACGAGUGCAGCACAGACAGUGGAUGCAGCAGUGGAGGCUCCACAGGAAGUGCUGAACGCCUAUCGAAGACCCGGAGUCACGACAGGAGCACCUCAAAAAGCCGCUGUUUUCAUCGCUUCCGUCACCACGAGACAUCGGCAAUGAGAUCGCAGGAGCGUUUGUCGAGAUCGAGUAUCAACAGCCAGAGUGGUAGAUCUAAUAACAAAUCGUCGAGGUCCUGGAGUCCCAGUGAUAAUCGCAAUCACUCGAGGGAAUCACCCUCUCACUCGCUGAGUCCAUCAGACGGACAGAGCACAGACAGUGAUUCAUCCAAGAGGAUCUCCAAAGCUGACAUCCUCACGAGGGCACUGCACUGCCUCAAGAUCGGAGUCUUUGAGAAUAAUGGGAAGGAGAAGAAGCUGACGAAGAAGAGUCCCAAGAGGAUUCUGAGGGAACCCGUCUCUUAUACAUACGUGAGGGGAUUGUCCGGCCUGCCAACGCAGAGAGUGCCACGAAAUGCUAGUCAAUGUAAUUCACCGUGCCCAUGUCAUGAUAUGAGACUCUACCGCAAAAAUAUUGAUCGCAGAUAAAUGUGAUGGGUUACAAUGAAUCGUGUCAUGUGGCCAGAACCAAUAAUUUUUUUUUCGUCUCGUUACAUUUUAAUUUAUCUCGAUAAUUCAGUUGAUCCUUCAUAUUCUAUUGAUUGGAUAAUUCCGUUGAUAAUGUUAAAUAUUUAACUUAUGCUGUUAUUUUAGAUUUUAUUUUGUGAUUCCAACGAAUGACUGAGAUUCAUUAUUAUUAUGUGAUGAGAACACCGAGGGGUAGUUUCUAAUUGACGAGUGAUAAAAUCUCGAAAUAUCGUGUCUAACGUAUCGGGAUCAGAUCUAAUUGAAGUCUUAGGGACUUGUCCGAAAUCUCGCGACGUUAUUAUGGAUAAAUUUGCGAAUUUAAAAUGAUAGGUAAUCUCCUAGGGAUAAGAUUUUCCCUUUUUACACAGUAUAUGAAUUGAGAUGAUUGAUAAAAAUAUUCCCGACUCUUUCGAUGCAAGUACUUAAGGUAACGCAGGAGCUUAAAAAUCGUAUUCAAUUAAAAUUUUCUAUAGCCCCAACUGUGGCUGUAAUUACCACGAUGAGAAUUAAAAAAUUGCUCACUUUUAUAUGAACGAAGAAGAUAAAAGUUAGAAUGAGAAAAGUGAAUCGUAGAUAAGAUAAAACUUCCUCGUUUUUCAUUUAAAUUUCACAAUGCACUUAAUCGAUGAUUAACGAUAUUCACAAAAAAGAUCAAUAAUUUGUAUUGAAUAACAGUUUUAAUCCCAAUGGAAGGUAGAAUUUUCAAAAUUUUAUUAAUGAGUAAGUAACGUGUCAUAUCAAGUCAAUUACGACGAAAUUUAGUUGUCACAUUGAGAGGCUAAAAUAUCAUUUUCGCCCGAGACACUAUGUACGAAAAAAGAUCCAUUAAAAUUCGAUCGAGUCGGGGAAAAAUUAGACUCCUCGAAACAAGGAGAUGAAUAAGAUUAAAUUACGAUAAUUAAGAUAUACUAGGAUCAAAUAUUGAAAUGAUCAUUGAAAUUGCAUUUGAAGAUGAGAAAAUAAUGAUUUAUCCAGCGAUGAGGUAAUUGUUUUGUAAAGAAUUCCAAUUGAUUUUAAUUAAUUGCUAUUAAUCUUUCUCAGAGCAGAAAGACUGGUGCGAUAUCCACUCUAGUGCCUUGUAGAUACACUUCCCUCUUCCCUUCCCUACCCCCUCCGUGUGACUGAUGUUAUUAUUAUAAGAUUUGAAGACCAUUAAAUCAUGAAAAAUCAUACGUGAGACAAUGACAAUGCGAAUGAGAUGAACAUUUCACUGAAAUGUGAGUGUUUUGUAUACCAACUCUAUG